CUGGUUCCCUGUCAGUGUGGAGGAAACAAAAGCUACAGUGGAACAGGCCCUAUCUUCUUCCUCAAUUGAGGGAUAAAGGUCACCAAUGCGCCUGCUUCUGGAAAGGGGUGGGCAUGGGGAGGUCGGCGGCCUGUGUGCUUGGAUCUGCCACAAUUAGUUGGGUUGAAAUAAGAAAGUGAAAGCUCAAGACACCCUGAGAAACCCUCUUCCCUUUUUUGGAAGGUGCUACUUGGGGCACGGGCAAACGCCAGAUCCCCCAAAACCUUUCAGGAGCUGGGCGGCGAAGAGGCAGAAGCAGCCGAGCCUUGUCCACGGCUCCCUAGGGUAGGAGAUCCAUGGAGAAGUUUCGGGAGGUGUUGAACUUGCACCUCAAACAGGGUAACGCUCUGGGCUACUGCCUGGUGAGCCUACUGACAGCGGGCGGGGAGCGCAUCUUCUCCACCACGGUGUUCCAGUGCCCCUGCAGCGUCGCCUGGAACCUGCCCUACGGUCUGGUCUUUCUGCUGGUGCCGGCGCUGGCUCUCUUCCUCCUGGGCUACGUGCUGAGCGCGCGCACCUGGCGCCUGCUGACCGGCUGCUGCGCGCGGAGCUGCGGCUCGGGGCUGCGCGGGGCCCUGGUGUGCGCGCAGAUCAGCGCCACCGCCGCGGUGGCGCCGCUCACCUGGGUGGCCGUGGCGCUGCUCGGGGGCGCCUUCUAUGAGUGCGCCGCCAGCGGGAGCGAGGUCCUGGCGGGGUACCUGUGCGUGGGCCGCGACCCGCGCUGCGCCGCCCAGCUGCCGCUGGUGCCCUGCCAGCAGGCCCUGGCGCCCGACGUGAAGCAGCUGCAGAAGGAGCUGCAGAAGGAGCUCACGGCGCACUCGCAGGUGUUAGGCUGGGUCCUGAUAGCAGUUGUUAUCAGCCUCCUCCUGAUUUGUACAUCAAUCACUCGAUGCCUGUCUCCAGUUAGUUACCUGCAGCUGAAAUUUUGGAAAAUCUAUUUGCAACAGGAGCAACAGAUUCUUAAAAGUCAAGCCACAGAACAUGCAACGCAACUGGCGAAAGAAAAUAUCAAAUGUUUCUUUGAGUGCUCACAUCCACAGGAAUACAACACUCCAAGCAUUAAAGACUGGCAACAGAUUUCAUCGCUAUAUACUUUCAAUCCAAAGGAGCAGUACUACAGCACUUUGCACAAAUAUGUGAACAAAAAACAGAAGAAUCAAAGUAGCACAUCUUCUGAAGAAGAUGCAAUGGUUCCUGUUCUUGGCUUUGUAGAUUCAUCUGAUAUGAACAGCACUACAGACUUAUGAACUUGUUAAUGAAUGGGAAAAGAAAGCUCUUCUGAAUUAUUGAUUCCUUUAAAAAAAAUAAAUGUGGGUAUUGUUUAUGACUCCUCUGUUUGGUCUUCCAAGUUAUGGAAACAUAGAAUAUUAAAUAAAAUAGAAAUUUAGAAUUUUA